CUGCCUCUUGCAGGCGCUCGCAUGUGGCUCCUCUCGGACCCCGUAGUCCCUCUGUCAUAUCCCUUCUCUCCAGCUGUCCCCAUGCCUGCCUCCUACCCCUCCUAUUUGCUCUCCCUUCCACUCUGUCUUGCCUUUCUCGCUGGGGUGAAAAAGUCUUAUUCUCUUAAGCAUCUUUCAUCACUCUGGGUUUCACCUCAUUGACCCUGUUUGUCUCCUCUCAGUGUUUCUCUGGCUCUCAGACCGUAUCUCUAUUGCGUUUGUGAUUGUUUUGCUGUUGUUACCCACUGCACCGUAUGGUGGUGGGGGGCAGGGGGGUGUGUCUUUCAGUCUUUGCAUGUCUGUUUCUGCAUAUCCAAUCCCACUAUCCAUUCCCCUUCCUGUGCCUUCUUUUCCCCCAAAGCCCGUUAUCAUCACCCAACCCCCUGUGUAUUUCAGUCCUUUCUCUUGUUUACCUAUUCCUGUGAAGGCAAGGAUUUGGGGCUAUUUUGUCUCCUGCUGUGUUUGUUAGGCCUAGCACCGUGAUUGGCACAUAGAGGGUACUGAAUACUUACUGGGGAAUAAAUGAUUGGAUGUUUGCAUGCCCGGGUUUCCAGCCCCCUCCGGGAUGCUGGCCUCUGUCCCGCAUCCUCAAGGUCUGCCCACACCUGUCUGAGCCUGUCUGUCUCUGGUGCUCCUGUCUCACCUGCCACUGCCCCUCAUUGUCUCCUCCUGUCCACAGCCCCUGCCCCUCCCUGCCCCUGCCAUGGGGUCGUGAACUCUCACCCCUUCUCUCCUCCCUUCCCACAGAGGUUGGACCAGGAGCUGACCGGGAGCUGGGGCCACAGGCCUAGGAGCACCCUGGUCAGGGCUAAGGCCAUGGCCCCGCCCCCACCGCCACUGGCUGCCAGCACCCCGCUCCUCCAUGGCGAGUUUGGCUCCUACCCAGCCCGAGGCCCACGCUUUGCCCUCACCCUCACAUCGCAGGCCCUGCACAUACAGCGGCUGCGCCCCAAACCCGAAGCCAGGCCCCGGGGUGGCCUGGUCCCGUUGGCCGAGGUCUCAGGCUGCUGCACCCUGCGAAGCCGCAGCCCCUCAGACUCAGCGGCCUACUUCUGCAUCUACACCUACCCUCGGGGCCGGCGCGGGGCCCGGCGCAGAGCCACUCGCACCUUCCGGGCAGAUGGGGCCGCCACCUACGAAGAAAACCGUGCCGAGGCCCAGCGCUGGGCCACCGCCCUCACCUGUCUGCUCCGAGGACUGCCACUGCCCGGGGAUGGGGAGAUCACCCCUGACCUGCUACCUCGGCCUCCCCGGUUGCUCCUAUUGGUCAAUCCCUUUGGGGGGCGGGGCCUGGCCUGGCAGUGGUGUAAGAACCACGUGCUUCCCAUGAUCUCUGAAGCUGGGCUGUCCUUCAACCUCAUCCAGACAGAACGACAGAACCACGCCCGGGAGCUGGUCCAGGGGCUGAGCCUGAGUGAGUGGGAUGGCAUCGUCACGGUCUCGGGAGACGGGCUGCUCCAUGAGGUGCUGAACGGGCUCCUAGAUCGCCCUGACUGGGAGGAAGCUGUGAAGAUGCCUGUGGGCAUCCUCCCCUGCGGCUCGGGCAACGCGCUGGCCGGAGCAGUGAACCAGCACGGGGGAUUUGAGCCAGCCCUGGGCCUCGACCUGUUGCUCAACUGCUCACUGUUGCUGUGCCGGGGUGGUGGCCACCCACUGGACCUGCUCUCCGUGACGCUGGCCUCGGGCUCCCGCUGUUUCUCCUUCCUAUCUGUGGCCUGGGGCUUUGUGUCAGAUGUGGAUAUCCAGAGUGAGCGCUUCAGGGCCUUGGGCAGUGCCCGCUUCACACUGGGCACGGUGCUGGGCCUCGCCACACUGCACACCUACCGCGGACGCCUCUCCUACCUCCCCGCCACUGUGGAACCCGCCUCGCCCACCCCUGCCCAUAGCCUGCCCCGUGCCAAGUCGGAGCUGACCCUAACCCCAGACCCAGCCCCGCCCACGGCCCACUCACCCCUGCAUCGUUCUGUGUCUGACCUGCCCCUUCCCCUGCCCCAGCCUGCCCUGGCCUCCCCUGGCUCGCCAGAACCCCUGCCCAUCCUGUCCCUCAACGGUGGGGGCCCUGAGCUGGCUGGGGACUGGGGUGGGGCUGGGGAUGCUCCGCUGUCCCCGGACCCACUGCUGUCUUCACCUCCUGGCUCUCCCAAGGCAGCUGUACACUCACCCGUCUCCGAGGGCGCCCCCGUAAUUCCCCCAUCCUCUGGGCUCCCACUUCCCACCCCUGAUGCCCGGGUAGCGGCCUCCACCUGCGGCCCGCCCGACCACCUGCUGCCUCCGCUGGGCACCCCACUGCCCCCAGACUGGGUGACGCUGGAGGGGGACUUUGUGCUCAUGUUGGCCAUCUCGCCUAGCCACCUAGGCGCUGACCUGGUGGCAGCUCCGCACGCGCGCUUCGACGACGGCCUGGUGCACCUGUGCUGGGUGCGUAGCGGCAUCUCGCGGGCUGCGCUGCUGCGCCUUUUCUUGGCCAUGGAGCGUGGUAGCCACUUCAGCCUGGGCUGUCCGCAGCUGGGCUACGCCGCGGCCCGUGCCUUCCGUCUAGAGCCGCUCACGCCGCGCGGCGUGCUCACAGUGGACGGGGAGCAGGUAGAGUAUGGGCCGCUACAGGCACAGAUACACCCUGGCCUCGGUACACUGCUCACUGGGCCUCCUGGCUGCCCGGGGCGGGAGCCCUGAAACUAAACAAGCUUGGAACCCGCCGGGGGCGGGGCCUACAUUCCACUGGGGCGGAGCCUGAGUUAGGGGGUGUGGCCUGGCUGCUAGAGUGGUGGUGGCAAGGGCCCUGGCCCCGUCUCAGGAUUGCGCUCGCUUUCAUGGGACCAGACGUGAUGCUGGAGGGUGGGCGUCGUCACGUUUAAAGAGAAAUGGGCUCGUCCCGAGGGUAGUGCCUGAACAAUGAGGGCGGGGCCUGGCGUCUGAUCUGGGGCCGCCCUUACGGGGUAGGGCUCAGUCCUGACGCUCGCCACCUGCUCCUACCCGGCCAGGAUGGCUGAGGGCGGAGCCUGUUUUACGCGUCGCCCAAUGACAGGACCUGGAAUAUACUGGCUGGGGUAGGCCUCAGUGAGUCGGCCGGUCAUGGCCCGCAGCCUCGCCCCAUCCACUCCGGUGCCUCCAUUUAGCUGGCCAAUCAGCCCAGGAGGGGCAGGUUCCCCGGGGCCGGCGCUAGGAUUUGCACUAAUGUUCCUCUCCCCGCGGGUGGGGGCGGGGAAAUUCAUAUCCCCUGUUCGUCUCGUGCGCGUCCUCCGUCCCCAAUCUAAAAAGCAAUUGAAAAGGUCUAUGCAAUAAAGGCAGUCGCUUCAUUCCUCUCA